CCUGGAACUGUCAUUCGAGUCAGUUCCCGAGUUUGGUUGACCGGGUUGUUUGACUUUGACAAAUAUUCUGCAAGUUUUGUUUAGUUUUGUCUACAUCUAAAAUAUUUAAAUUUUCACUUGUUUGAUGUUCCUACUUUCUUGGUGUAAACGUAAAGGAGGGGUAACGGAACUUCGGAAGCAGUGGAUCUUUAAUAUGAUGAAGAACGAGACAGUAGUAAAUAAAUUGGUUAAAUUGUUCUAUAAGGGAUGCCAUAACUUGGAUUUAUCUGUAGAUGAAGUUGAAAACCUAACUUGGAAAGAUCAGGAGCUCCUAUUAAACCUUACAGUGAAAAAUGACUUAUUUACUAGAUAUCCUGUUAGUAGUGACUUUUGUAGGUUGUAUUUCAAACGGUUGAUAUCCCUUUUAGAAAAUUGUCAAGAAAUUCAUGAUGGAGUAUAUGAAUUUAUGUGUACUGUGAUGUCCAAUGCCAAUCAGCCUUUAAAAAAAGAGUUUUGUUACAAACAUUAUAUAGUUGGAAAUGAUUUAUCAAAUAUUGUCACAAUGAGAGAAACCAAAAACAUGGUUGUUAACGGGACUACUGGAAUGAAAACUUGGGAGGCUGCAGUAAUAAUGGCUGAUUGGAUUCUGUGUUUCAAAAAUUUAUUUAAAAAUAAAAGAGUACUGGAAUUAGGAUCAGGCUUAGGAUUUACUUCUAUCAUUCUGGCAAAGUUCUGUGAUAUUUUAUCAUUAGUUUUAACUGAUUGUCAUGAUGAUGUGUUACUUAAUAUAUGUAAAAAUGUUAUUAUUAAUUUUCCUGACUCAAUUCAAAUAAAAGAAGAUGAAAGCAUUGCAUAUAAAAUUCAAAAUAAAAUCCUGGAAGUAAAAAAACUUGAUUGGUAUUAUGCUGAUGAAUAUCCCGUGGAAGAUGUUCCUGAUAUUAUAGUUGGUACAGAUAUUGUUUAUGAUCCUUCUAUAAUAAAAGCUCUUUGUAAUGUACUGCAAAUAUUUUUCAAGAAAAACAGCAACCUGUGUGUGUAUAUAGCAUGUGUUAUAAGAAAUGAAAGCACAUUUAAACUGUUUUUACAAAACAUAGGUAUUGUUAUGUUUCAUUUUUAAUCUAUUUAACUUGCUAAAAUCUAAAUAUAAUAUGUGUAUAAUUGAAUUAU